AUGCCAUCGCUUCUAGAGGUACUUUCGAGGCCCAAUGUUGCAGUUGCAAAUUACGCCAUCAAAGGACCCAACACCAGUGCCGACGAAGACGUUAAUGUUGAAAAUUGGACUCCUUGGACUGACUUCAACCUAUGCAUCUGCAAUGAGGCUACCUUUGAUGAUCUUUUGCGUCGCUUCGUGAUCCCCGUGGUCAAUUAUGCCCUAUCAAACCAACCCGGCUCAUGCCAUUACGGACGGGGAACUAGAUGUUUUUCGAGGCAUCAGCCAGAUUGGUCUGUGAUAUCGAGCACAUGGGUUGUGGAGAAGGGAUAUCUCAAUGUUCUACCUGGAGAUACGAAACUUGAUGCAAAGUGGCGGCCUUCUAUGAUCCACGAAGCCAAAAAUUUUGAAGAAUGGCAAAAGGUUAUGCACCAAGUUGUCUCAUAUAUGAUGAAAGAAGAAAAUCGAUAUGGGUUCAUUAUAACGGAUACCAACAUGGUUGCUUUGAGACUGACUCGCAGGCCUGUGGAAAGUGGCAUUGCCGCAGAUCGGCCCCGUCGUGAUAACGUCCCUGGUCACCAAAGGCACAUUUCCGAUACUUCCAUGGCGGAGCUUGAAAGCUCAUUCAUUGAUGAAGAAGCUACAAAUUGGGACUACUAUCCUCCAGAAUAUGCCAUCAUUCCCUGGGAUGUCCAUGGGCCGGGCAAGCUCACCAUCAAACUCGCGUUGUGGUGCCUGGCGAUGAUGGCGGCAAAUGGCCACAGAUAUAUUGCCUACUCGUACCCUGACCUGGAUUCCUGGAGACAAGGAUAUAAUGGUGGAUACGUGCACAACACAUCCGGUGCUACCUUGUCAACCCUUGUAGAAGGCCAUCGCUACGAAGAGCCGGACCUAGAAGGGCGCGCCAUUGAUGUUGCCGAUGAUGAUGAUGGCGAUGAACUUGAAAGGAACAGCGAUGGACAAGAAUAUGACAAGGGAGAGAGUGAGCACGGAGGUUCAUUCGAAGAUGAGGAUGACUCGGAGACGAUAAUUCCUACCCGACUUAAGGGUGGUGACGCAGAUUGA